CACAUAUCUCAUCCUUACCCUAAAUCACACAAACACACAGAUAUCUCUCUUGUCUUUUUUGAGUCUUCUAAAAAAAUAAAAAAUAAAAACCUAAAAAUGGCGAACGGGCAAAUGAGAUCAGUGGCGUCGCUCAUUAUGGUGUUGAACUUCUGUAUGUACGUCAUUCUUCUGGGCAUUGGUGGUUGGGCCAUGAAUAGAGCCAUCGACCAUGGCUUCAUCAUUGGUCCAGGAUUCGAUUUGCCUGCUCAUUUUUCGCCAAUUUACUUCCCAAUGGGAAAUGCAGCCACGGGAUUCUUUGUAACCUUCGCUUUGAUUGCUGGUGUUGCUGGCGUUGCAUCGAUUUUGGCUGGAUUUGACAAUUAUCGUUCUUGGGAUUCCACCAGCAGGCCGGCAGCAGUGUCAUCUGCUAUCAUUGCAUGGGCCCUUACUGUUCUUGCCAUGGGGUUUGCAUGGAAGGAAAUUGAGCUCGAAGGCAGAAAUGCCCGCUUGAGAACGAUGGAGGCAUUCACAAUUAUCCUUUCUGCAACUCAACUCGUAUAUGUAGCUACCCUUUACGGUUGAUUCUUCAAGCGAUUGACACAAACCAACGUCAUGAAAGGUGUUUGUGUAUAUAGGCUUGUGUUUGGAUUUUUUUUCCUGAUUUUCUUUCAUUUAUGUAAGCGAUGAUAUGAUUGUAUUUAUGAAAUGUAAUAAAAAGAUU